CCGUCACUCAACACCCACGAAGUCUGUGUUCAUGCAUGCGCAUCUCCCAACACGUCCACGCAUACACUGCACACGGCAAGUGCAAAAACCCCAUGGCCGGAGCUCACAAUAAGCUCGGCGAGCUGUUGCACCACACGAGCCGGCGCACGGCGGCGGUGCUCGACAAGGCAAUAUCCAUCCUUUGCUCGCUCACCAAGUCCUACGCGCACCACCACGUCAGGGAGCGCGUGGCGCGUUGGCGCCGUGCGCUCGGCGGCGGCCCGUUCUGGCCGCGGCUUGGCUCGCUGCUCGUCCACGUCGCCUACUUCCUCGCCGUCUCCUGGCUCGGGUACCUCCUCCUCGCGCAGCUCAGGUUCCGCGGCGGAAGGCCCCGCGGCAUCGACCUGUUCUUCACCGCCGUCUCCGCCGCGACGGUGUCGAGCAUGUCCACCGUCGAGAUGGAGGUGUUCUCCAACGGCCAGCUCCUCGUCUUGACUGCCCUCAUGCUCGUCGGGGGCGAGGUGUUCUUAUCGCUCCUUGGCCUCGCGUCCAAGUGGUCCAAGCUGAGGAGGAGACAAGCUGCAAACAAAUCCCGGCGCGUCGAGAGCCAUGACGACAAGGGAACCGAGUUCGAGACGCGGGUACCUGUCGCCGCCGCGGCCGCCGCCGAGGACAUCGACAACCCGACGUCGACCAUCACCGACGGGACGAGCAUCGGCAUCCCGAUGGACGCGAAGAGGCUGCGGCGCGACGCGGUGCGCUCGCUCUUCUUCGUCGUCCUCGCCAUCCUCCUGGCGGUGCACGUCCUCGGCGCCGUCGCCGUUGCAGCUUACAUAUACAGGUCGCCGGGUGCAAGGCGGACGCUGCGUGGUAAGGCCCUGAACGUGUGGACCUUCGCGGUGUUCACGACGGUGUCCACCUUCUCGAGCUGCGGGUACAUGCCGAACAACGAGAACAUGGUCGUGUUCAAGCGGGACACCGGGCUGCAGCUGCUGCUCAUGCCGCAGGCGCUCGUGGGGAACACCCUGUUCCCGGCGCUGCUUUCCGCCUGCGUGCGCGCCGCGGCCGCGGCGACACGGCGGCCGGAGCUGGUGGAGAUGACCAAGAAAGGAAGGGAGCUGACGGGGUACUAUCACUUCCUACCGGCGCGGCGGUGCGUGAUGCUGGCGGCGACGGUUGUUGGGCUCGUGGGGGUGCAGGUGGCGCUGUUGUGCGGCAUGGAGUGGGGCGGCGCGCUGCAGGGGAUGGGCCCGUGGGAGAAGGUGUCCAACGCCCUGUUCCUCGCGGUGAACUCACGGCACACCGGCGAGUCCACCAUUGACAUCUCCACGCUCGCGACAGCCAUCCUCGUGCUCUUCGUACUGAUGAUGUAUCUUCCUCCAUACACGACAUGGUUCCCAUUUGAAGAGAGCUCCAGCACGAAGGGUCGUCUCGAGGAGCGCCAGGGGAUCAGAUUGCUCAAGAGCACGGUUCUGUCACAGCUCUCCUACCUCACCAUCGCUGUCAUCACAAUCUGCAUUACCGAGAGGGCAAAGCUCAAGGAAGAUCCCCUCAACUUUAACUUGCUCAGCAUCGUCGUCGAAGUUGUCAGUGCUUAUGGAAAUGUGGGCUUCUCCAUGGGCUACAGCUGCAGCAGACAGAUCAACCCUGACGAGCUGUGCACUGACAGAUGGACCGGCUUUGUUGGAAGAUGGAGCGAUUCUGGCAAACUCAUUCUUAUUCUGGUGAUGCUCUUCGGGAGGCUGAAGAAGUUCAGCAUGAAAGGAGGGAAGGCCUGGAAGCUUAGUUAGAUGCAGGACCUGUGGUGGCGUGUUGUGACCAUUGCACGCGCCCGUGGGCUCCAAAAUAGAAGAAUUGUUUGCGGACACGGCGUUCUUGCACUCGCGAGUAUAUGCUUCUGAUUUUUGAAAUGCA